AUGACCACUGUGAACUUUAAAUUAAUUUUAACAAUUUCACUACUGAUUUCGAAUGUGUUUGCGUUCGAACGCGUUCCUUGCGACUUAAGCGAUGUGGUGUGCACGACGCAAGCUUCCGUCAACAUAUACCACAAUAUAGUUAAUGGUAAACCAGAAUUCGGAAUAGAUCGUAAUGAUCCUCUGCAUCGGGACACAAUACAAUCGAUCUCCCAACGCCUGAACUAUACGUUAACAAAUGCAUAUUUGUACGGAUUGAAGCAUUGUGCUAUUCAUCAACUGAAAUUUAACAUGAACGAAUUAACAUGGGAAUUUUACUUGACAUGCCCUCGUCUCAUUCUGGAAGCUGACUAUGAUAUUAAAGGUGAAAUAAUGUCACUCAAUAUAGAUGGAAAUGGACCUUGCAGAAUUGUUUAUGAUAACUACAUAAUCGGGUUAACUGGAGGAUUGCAGCUCUACAAUGGCCCAAACGAGAACUCUUACAUACACGUAACAGAGUUUAAAAUGAGUUAUUUGGAUGUAAGAGGACUCGCCACAUAUCAAUUCAACAAUUUGUAUAAUUCGGAUCCUGAACGAGCAUUUAUCAUGAGUAAUCUUCUCAACGCGAACUGGCAGAGAGUGACCGCAGCAACACAAGAGCCGGCAAUGUAUGCGGUAUUCGAAAAGUUCAUCGAAAGCGUCAAUAAAUACUUAAAGCACGUGCCCGUAAAACAGCUGUUUGCUAGAACAGUCCUUUGA